GCGAGUUGUCAAUGUGAUCGUGUGUCGUUAUCGUUUCUCUUGAGGAGACGUAAUCGUCGUCUCCUCUCAGAUUGACGAAUUCAACGAGUCUUCAGUCACUUUUUAUGAUUUACGGAUCGCACAGAGCUACAGAGUCAGCAACCACCACGGGGAUCGCUUGGCUUCACAAUAUCACCAUUCAAGGUGAAAUGAGCAGUAGCGGUGGAUUCGGCGUCGGUGUCGGCGUCGCCGGCGGACCGACCCUCGCGGCCGCUCAGCAAGGUCAAGGAGUGGCCGCCCUUAUGGUGAUGCUUGCCGUUCUCUGCUUCAUCUUUGCGUAUUGCUGUUGGGGUGCGCCCUUCUGCCGAUCCUUAUGCAGACGACAUUGCUGCUGUCGUCUGGAAGAUCCUGAUCCGGAUCCACGAUUCGGCGGCAGCGACCAGGCCAUGGUAGCAACGCCGACAAUCAUCCUCCUGCCGCAUGGCAGAAUGCUUGUUGUUGAUGGCACAAUUUUCACUCAGUUCCAGACUGAUCCUACAGGUUUAGACUUGGUGGAACUUGGCGAUAGUGUGUUGCGCGCUCAGAGAAAUCCACGAAGUGUAAAUCGUCAUCAGUUACAGAGCAGUCAAGGCAGUAUCCUCGAAAUGGAUGCUGAAACACCUAGUAAAGACAGCUUAGGUUCCAUCGGAUGUUUCCCACCACCUACUUACGAGAGUAUUUACGGUAAAGAGGAAACUGACAUGCCUCCUUCUUAUUCUGACAUCCUUUUACACAGAUUCGCUAAUUUACCGCAUGAAAUUGAUAUGCAUGGUUACUGUCGUGAUGGCAAAGAAGAGAUUGAGAUGCAGAGUCUAGACAACUGUCCGCAUAUCAUUGGUAAUCCAUUAAAUUCGAUACCUGGAUAUCAUCCUUAUGCCACGGUGACGAGUCUGUCUAGUCUACAAAGCUACCCGCGACGGAACGUUUCGCGCAAUCCGUCCAUUAUCAGCAAUCCAUUAGACAACUUUUACGUGGACAACGAGCUUAGUCUCUAUCGACUCAGUCGGGAGACGAUGCCACGAGUCUCUAGUAACGAUGCGAACCUCGAGACCUUCCGUGUGUCUCACGACGAGAUAUCUUUCCGUGUUCCGCUCGACGAGAACGAGAAUCAUCGACACGCAAGCCGUAACAAUUAUCAAGUCGCCGGCAAUGAGCUGAUGAAUACGAGGAAUCGCGCCCGCAGCGCUUCCAGGUUGAGCCAGGAUAGUCGCAGGAGUUCAUUGAAUCGCGAUCCCGGAGACCAACAUCAAGUUUUCGUCAGGUUGCCUGAUCCCGAAGAGAUCGAGGCUGCACGAGAUAGACGUAUCGAAGAAGAUCAGCGAUCUCGAAUGUAUCGCGAGGAUCAGGACGUGAGGAAUCUGCAUCUUGAUCAUCCUCAAUUGCAAGAUGAGAUCAAUCGCAACAUUGUUGAGGAUGAUCCCAGGUACUUUGCGAGGAACAGGCGGCUGGAGAAUGAAGACAGGAAUCAGGACGAAGCUGAGGUAGCUCAAUAUCCUGACGAGGAGGCUGGAAAUUUCGGCGCGCUCGCCGAUAUUCGCGAGAGUAGAGUGUAA